GGCUAGAAGACAGGCGACAUGCAGACGUCAUCUGGCGUUGUAGUGCUCAGCUUGUCGAACGAUCUCUUCUCUCCGUGUGCUUGAGGUCUUGAAAGAGUUCUUGUCUUAGAUUGCACUGCGAUCAUUCCAUACUCUUCUUCCAUCUUCUCAUUCGCUCAUGUUUUGACCGAGAAUAUCGGAUUUCUCGCGAAAACCUUGCAUGACGAAGUUUGUGCUCUUCAAUCUCUUCUUCAUUGUCGCUCUCUUGAACGGGACGAGCGGCAAUGACAGCCACGAUGACCCCUUUGCGGGAGAGGGAAGCGCAACCAGACAAGGGGUAGAUGACUGGAGCACGCAGCAGGUGUCGCACUGGCUAAGGAAAGAGGGAAUCGAACCCUGGAACGAACAGGAAUACUUCUUGCACCUGAAAGAGCAUGAGAUCGAUGGUUACAUGCUGUUGUCGCUGAAAGAAGAAGAUAUGCUACAUGUCCUUGAUCCUAGAAUGAAGCAGGAAAGACCAGAUGAGUUCGAUCGGAAUCUCUUACGGCUCAAGACUAGUCUCGGGGAGUUGAAGGAGGCGAUUGCAUAUAACCCGAUCAGUUUCUGGGAGUAUCGCAUCGCUCACAGGAGAAACUCUGCCUUCUUUUUGAUCGGCCUGUGCAUAGGUCCUCGAGUAACGCUGUUGUACCUGAUGUUCUUUGAGAAGCGCGUUUUCCUUCUUCUGUUGGGCAAUCAGGGUCUUUCUGUUCUCUCUCUGCUCCUGAUCCUUAUCUUCCCGAAUCUUGCCAUUGGUCUACAUCUCAGUCAAGUCUGGAGGCAUUUUCCUUUCGUCAUCGUGCUUCUCAGCGUCUCUCACUUGCUCGUCUUCCUUGGAAACUUGUAUAACGAUGCCUCCAUGGGAUUCUCAAGCAAUGUAGUCAAAGAAGCUUUGAAAGCUGAUCUACUUCGCUGUGGCAUUCUUCUCGCUCUCUACGUAACUCUCAUGAACUCUGUGUGGUGGCUCAUCGAUCUGUAUGUGUGCAUUGCUAUCAUCUACCAGGUCAUACAGGGUAUAAUUAUGGCGCAAUUUCUCCGACGAACAGUAGACCUUUCACAGUUUUAUCAUGAGCUCAGGGUGUUGAAGGGUAUUCUCCUGUCAGCCAACACCAGGCUGUCACGAAAGAUUCUGUCGAAGAAGAAGUGAAGGGUCAUCUGACAUGUUAAUUCUGAAUACAUGCGUUAAGAAC